AUGGACAGUGAGGUACAGAGAGAUGGAAGGAUCUUGGACUUGAUUGACGAUGCUUGGCGAGAAGACAAGCUGCCCUAUGAGGAUGUUGCAAUACCACAGAAUGAGCUUCCUGAACCUGAACAGGACAACGGUGGCACCACAGAAUCUGUUAAAGAACAAGAAAUGAAGUGGACCGACUUGGCCUUUCAGUAUCUCCAUGAGAAUUUCUUUGAAUGUGAAUUAAGGAUUUUUGAGGAUUUUCCAGAUCUGUUCAUCAAAUGGCUGCAGCUCACUAAUUCAGUUAGCCUGGUCUACUUGUUUACCCAUCAGAUGGUCACAAUCAUGCCUGUCACAGUCUCAGUGUUGAUUCCACUGUUUUCGAAAUUACUUCCAGGGCAAUUCCAUGUGAUAGGACCAAGAGCACCAGUCAUUGCCUUGGUUGGGGAAGAGGCUGUGUUGUCCUGCCAGAUCAGCCCAUCAAUGGAUGCUCAGAACAUGGAAGUGAGAUGGUACCGGAAUGAUCCUCUAGGCCUGGUGCAUCGUUAUGGUACUUCCUGGAAUGAUAUGGAGGAGCUGAGGCCAGAAUACCAAGGGAGGACAGAGUUCCUGAAGGAGAAUAUUACCAAAGGGCAUGUUGCUUUAAGGAUCCAUCCCAUCCAACCUUCAGAUGGAGGAGAUUAUGCAUGUUUCUUUGAAAGUUCCACAUACUACAAUGAUGCAAAAUUCCAAGUGUUGGUCACAGUUCUAGAAGCUGGGAAACCCAAGGUCAAGGCAUUAGCAGAUCUGGUGUCUGAGAGUCCACUUCCUGGAAAGCUUCAUGCAGAACUUGGGUUGCAAUUUGCUCGACAACAUGCAGAAAAUGUUACCCUGGAUCCCGAGACAGCUCAUCCAUAUCUUGAAGUUGCCAAAGACAAGAAAAGUGUGAAAUCCAUUGGUUAUUUUCAGGAACUACCCAAAAGUAGUAAUCGGUUUGAUUCCCUAGUCUCUGUAUUAGGUCAGCAAAUUUUUUCCACAGGUAAACACUACUGGGAAGUGGAUGUGAAAAAUAAAAUGAAAUGGACUGUAGGCAUUUGUAAACAUUCUGUCCUCAAACAAGGAGAAAUCAUAGUGUCCCCAGAGACUGGGUUCUGGACACUGUGCUUAAAAAAAUGUAAUGACUACCAAGCUCUUACAAAUCCACGGAUAACACUCCACCUUGAGGAACCUCCUGAGAUAAUUGGAAUCUUCCUGGACUAUGAGGCUGGGAGGCUCUCAUUUUAUAAUGUGACCCACCUGACUCACAUCUACACCUACAAACAAAAGUUCACGGAGGCCUUACAACCAUACUUUUAUCCUGGUCCCCUCUACAAUGGUCAAAAUGAACAACCUCUGACCAUCAUACAUUAA